AUAACAUCGUCUUUGCGAUUGACAUGGCCUCCCGAGCAUUGUUCGGGUGACUCGAGAGUUCGUCUAAUACUCACCAAGUACUUGCCAUGGCUGCAGCUUCUGUGUCUUAAUAUUCUGUUUUUCCCGAGACUUCAAUGCAACCGUCAAGGCUCAUCCGGCGCACAUGUCUGUCGUCGAGACUUCAUCAGAGGCAGUUCCACGCUUCGCCAUCUCUCCAAGAUGCGGCGCGACCCUCGCAGGCUGAGAUUGACCGCGCAAGAGCGUACUGCGCCAAUCUCGUGAGAACGUAUGACGCCCCAUCACACAUCCUUCAGACCUUUAUACCCCAGUCCUCGCGCGAUGCAUACCUCGCAAUCCGCGCCUUCAACGUCGAUGUCGCCCGCGUCGCCGACACAACAAGCACACCCACAAUUGGCAUGAUGCGCAUGCAGUUCUGGCGGGACACGGUGACCAAGGCACUCGCAGGCACGCCUCCAAAAGAACCAGUGGCUAUCCUGCUGGCCAAAGCAGCCGAGGACCUGGCUGAACGCUCUGGAGGGAAGGCACGAUUGAGCAAGAAUUGGUUCCACCGCAUCAUCAACACGCGAGAACAACACCUUGGAAACCCUCCCUACCCCACGCUCAGCGCACUGGAGAGCUACGCAGAGAACACCUACUCGACGAUGCUGUAUCUCACAUUACAAACCCUGGCUCAGGCUUCACUCACUACAGACCAUAUCGCCUCCCACAUCGGUAAAGCAAUGGGUAUCACCGCCGUCCUCCGUGGCAUCCCGCUCAUCGCCUUCCCCGCUCAACAGCCCAUGGGCACAAGUGGUCAUGUUACUGGCCAAUCGGGUCCUACGCAAGGUGCAGUCCUCAUACCUCUGGACGUCAUGGCCGAAGCCAACCUGAAAGAGGAGGAUAUUUUCCGCCAAGGUGCCUCUGCCUCCGGUCUUCGCGACGCCGUCUUCACAGUUGCCACACGUGCAAACGAUCACCUUAUCACCGCGCGCGAAAUGCUGGCUAAGCUGCGUUCCGAAGGAACUCUGGGGCAUGAAUUCGAGCAUCAGAAUGAGGAGGAACAUGCGUAUAGUGCACAGCAGAUGGAUGCAGGUGUUGAGACAAAGCUUGCCGAGGUAGAGCAAGCGUUUGGCGUAUUCAUGCCCAGUGUGACGACACAGGCGUGGCUGGACCGACUUGAGAAAAAAGACUUUGAUGUUUUCGAUGGGAGUUUGAGGACGGGGGAUUGGACGUUGCCAUGGAAGGCUUAUUGGGCUUUUAGUCGCAGGAAGAUCUGAAUCAAGACGCGUCUCUUUGGCACGACGACAAUAUUGACACUGACGGGCAUGGAAUUCUGGAGAUUAUUGGCAUCACAAUAAGGUCCUGCAAGGGAAUUAAUUUCGUAGAUUCCACUAGUCGUCUGAGCAGAAUUCCAGAGUCUUGCAGUUAUUACACUUUGGCGCAUGGAAACGACUUUGAUCCUUAAACAAAUGCUUUUUGCCCGGUCUAAAAACGUGGC